GCUGGGAGUUCACAUUUUAUAAUGAUAGCAAUGAAAAUGUAAUUAACUUAUUGACCAAUGAAACCGCCACCAGUGUAACGGUGCCGACCAACAUACUGGAGCUGACCACUGCGUUAAAUGGCACCGUUGAGUACAAGCCCUGGUGGCGUAACUGGGAUGGUAUGCCAUAUCCUAGCGGUUACACACAAUUAGCAAUAGUUCUUUUAGCAUUUUUCAUAACUUGUAUAAUGAUACUAAUAGUGGUGGGAAAUAUGUUAGUCUGUAUUGCCAUUGCCACUGAAAAAUCGUUAAAACCGGUGCAGAACUGGUUCAUUGCUUCGUUAGCUGUGUCGGACUUCCUGUUAGGUCUUGUAAUUAUGCCAUUUUCAUUGGCCAGGGAGCUAAUGGGUUACUGGAUGUUUGGCAAAGUUUGGUGCGACAUCUGGUUGGCAUUGGAUGUGCUUCUGUGUACGGCUUCCAUAAACAACUUGUUUAUGAUUAGUUUAGACAGAUAUUGGUCGAUAACACAGGCCGUCAAAUAUUUAAAAAAGAGGACCCCUUCGAGGGCUGCGCUUAUGAUAGCUUUUGUAUGGAUGCUAUCGGCCGUCGUAUCGUUACCACCGUUGGUCGGGUGGAAGAAACCAGAUAUGAUGGUCUCUCAGGAGUUCCCUCAAUGCAAUGUCAGUGAAGAUGUCGGUUAUGUCAUGUAUUCAUCGAUCGGUUCGUUUUAUUUUCCGGCCCUAAUGAUGGUGUUUGUUUACGCGCGUAUAUUUCACGCGGCCCGCGCUCGCGCCCGACGACACGUGCAACAAAAGCGUUUGCAGAUUCAACAGGAGGUGACCGCCGACCCCAUUAAGGAGAAAUCAACGACAACCACUACCUGUACGAGUCUAAGCAAUCCCAGUCCACCAGAUCUUACCGAUCAAAAUAAUGAAGGUGGAGAUGAUGGAGUUGCUGGUUAUAAACCAUAUACACCAGAAUCUUCACCGCUUCCUAUUUCUUUCACCACAGGGUCACAACCGCACACCGGCGGACCACAAAUUCAACGCACGACACCACCAAUGGGUACACCGACUACAGUAUCGCCGCCACAGAUUGUGGUCGAAGCUAUACCUGAUUCACAAUCAUCGACACCACAGAAAGACAUUUCCAUUAUUUAUAAUAACUAUGAGUCGAUAACACCGACACCAGUGGACGCAAUUGUGGACAAUAAUGAUUGUGAUGUGAGGUUUAAGUGCUUAAAACAAACUAAAUGUUCUCCAGGUGUUCAAACCAAGAGAAAGCCACCUAAAUUGACAAUUGUGUUACCAGAGAGUACUGUUCCACCAAAAGGGUUGACCAAACAAAAUGGUUCAGCCAUUAGGACUACCGAAACUCGAUUCAUAUCAACCGACGACGACUCGGAUGCAGCAGAAAGUCCUCUGAGUCGCGACACUAUUACACACGAAUCCAAAACAUUUUUAAGUGCUCCUAAACUCUUGAAAUCACAAACUUAUGGCUCGACCUUAAGUAUCGCUGAUUAUGACGAGUCAGACAUGUGUAUGGAUAAUGACAUCGAGAACAGUGAUGAUAACGUCAAGAGUAAAAAGUCGUCGAUAAAGGGCGGCGGCAGAAGUGUUCAGUGCAGGAAUCAGACGACAGGCGGACUCAGGAGUACCACUUCGGACGCUGAAAGACACAAACGCAAGAUAGCAAAGGCCAGGGAGAGAAGGGCUACACUUAUAUUGGGCUUAAUUAUGGCGGCCUUUAUCACGGCGUGGCUCCCAUUCUUUGUCCUGUAUAUGUUGGCCGCCCUUUGCCAGGACUGCAAAGAUGCCAUACCUUCGGCUUACUUUUCAGUGGCCUUUUGGCUCGGAUAUUGCAACUCUGCCGCCAAUCCUAUUAUCUACACUAUAUUCAAUCGCGACUUUAGACGAGCCUUCAGAAAGAUUUUGUUUAAAUGA